GUUUCCGCAUCCAGUGAAUCGCUGGUCAGUGUGGAAGUGAGCAGUGCUCCUCAUAAAUAUGGCAGACACACAGCCUGACCCCUCCACUCAGCCGGAGCUAAUGGACGAGAAUGAGCCUCUCUUCAGUAACCUGGACAUCUUCCUCUUCUCUCUCAUCGCCGGUUUGAUCAUCUAUUGGUUUAUAUUUCGCAAGAAAUCUGACCCCAUCCCCGAGUUUAAAAAACUGGAGACUGCGCCUCCAACAACUAGGGAAACAAGUUUUAUUGAAAAAAUGAAAAAAACGGGCAAGAACAUCGCUGUGUUUUAUGGCUCGCAGACGGGCACAGCUGAAGAGUUUGCCAAUCGACUCGCAAAAGAUGCUCAUCGCUACGGCAUGAAGGGAAUGGCUGCAGACCCAGAAGAGUAUGACAUGGGUGAGCUGUCUCGUCUAAAGGAGAUUGAGAACUCUUUAGCAAUCUUCUGCAUGGCUACAUAUGGAGAGGGUGACCCUACUGAUAAUGCUCAGGAGUUUUAUGAUUGGUUACAAGAGUGCGACGCUGACCUCGGUGGGUUUAACUACACGGUUUUUGCACUUGGCAAUAAGACAUACGAGCACUAUAAUGCCAUGGGGAAGUAUGUUGACAAGAGACUGGCCGAGCUGGGUGCCCAGAGGAUCUUUGAUUUAGGAAUGGGAGAUGAUGAUGCAAAUCUUGAGGAGGACUUUGUUUCGUGGAGAGAGCAGUUCUGGCCAGCCGUUUGUGAACACUUUGGAGUUGAAGCCACUGGUGAAGAAUCCAGCAUUCGUCAGUACGAGCUGAAGGAACACACUGAUCUAAACAUGAAUAAGAUCUAUACUGGAGAGCUGGGACGCUUGAAGAGCUUUGAGAGCCAGAAACCGCCUUUUGAUGCGAAGAACCCUUUCCUGGCAUUGGUCACUGUGAAUCGCAAGCUCAAUAAAGGCGGUGAGAGACACCUGAUGCAUCUGGAGCUUGACAUCACCGGAUCUAAGAUUAGAUAUGAAUCCGGAGACCAUGUUGCUGUUUAUCCCACAAAUGACACAGCCAUAGUGAACAAGAUUGGGGAUAUCCUUGGUGUGGACCUUGAUACUAUUAUCUCUCUCAACAACCUUGACGAGGAAUCAAAUAAGAAACAUCCGUUCCCAUGUCCCACCACAUAUCGCACUGCGUUGACUCACUAUCUGGACAUCACAAACUCUCCACGCACAAAUGUGCUGUACGAACUGGCUCAAUAUGCCUCUGAACCCAAGGAACAGGAGAGUAUGCGGAAGAUGGCCUCUUCCUCACCUGAAGGCAAAGCACUGUACCAGAGCUGGGUGCUGGACUCAUGUAGGAAUAUUUUGGCUGUUCUAGAGGAUUUACCGUCUCUACGACCACCCAUCGAUCACCUCUGUGAGCUUCUGCCACGACUCCAGGCCCGCUACUACUCCAUUGCAUCUUCUUCCAAGGUUCAUCCCAACAGUAUCCACAUUUGUGCUGUAGUGGUCGAGUAUGAGACCAAGACAGGCCGUGUCAACAAAGGGGUCGCCACCAACUGGCUGAAAAAUAAAAUGCAGACCGACAAUGGACACAAGGCUACGGUGCCCAUGUACAUCCGUAAAUCUCAGUUCCGCCUCCCAUUCAAGUCCACAAACCCAGUCAUUAUGAUUGGACCUGGGACGGGUAUCGCACCCUUCAUGGGCUUCAUUCAGGAGCGUGCGUGGCUCAAAGAACAAGCCAAGGACGUAGGAGAGACUGUGUUGUUCUUUGGCUGUCGUCAUAAGAAAGAGGAUUUCCUGUACCAGGAAGAACUUGAGGAGUUUGAAAAAAAUGAAGUUCUGACUGAGCUCAAUGUAGCCUUCUCCAGAGAUCAAGAACAAAAGGUAUAUGUACAGCAUCUCUUGAAGAACAACAAGGAGGCUAUUUGGAGGCUUGUUCACACAGACAACGCACACAUCUAUGUUUGCGGAGAUGCUCGUAACAUGGCGCGAGACGUGCAGAACUCCUUUUACGAGAUCGCUGAGGAGCUGGGCAGUUUGAGCCGCACUCAAGCGGUAGAUUACAUCAAGAAACUGAUGACUAAGGGACGCUACUCGCAGGACGUCUGGAGUUAAAUGGCGAAACAACAUUCCUCUUCUAAACAUUCCUGAUUUGAGGAUUUUUACAAGGAUAGGGUUAAAUAUGUUCACUCGGACACGUUUGUCUAAGGAAAACGUUGACACCACAGCAUCUCAUUCUAAAGCGAAACCAUGCAGAAUGUUAGGGGAUUUGUAAAACCAAAAAGCAGAAAUAUAAAGCAAAGACAUUGAGUAGGUUAUUACCUGUGGAACUGUGAUUUUAAUUCUAAUUAUGGUGGUGUGAUUCAUGCAUUUGGAGGUGGGUGAAUGUAGCAUUUUAUAUUAGCAUUUCAUAUUAUGCAUAGAAACUCUUGGUCAUUUUUUGUUGACUCUCUCAAUGGCAUAACUUAUAGCUCAACUUUAUUCUAUAAGUAGGACUGUUUUGCCUUUUUAUACUUGUGAAGAGACUUUGACUUGUUCGGUUAUGCACUUGAUGAAAAAAUGGUUAACAUGCGAAAAAAACAUGCUUGUAUUAUGAAAUGGACAGAUAUCCAUUGUUGUCUUUUAAGUUGUAUAAACUAGUCAUUCCUAAAAUCUGAAGGCUGCAGAACGUAUAAUGCAACAGGCGGAUUACACGUUUAGCGUGUCCUAGUUUUUAAAGAUGAAUGUAACCUAUUUUCUUUUCCUUGAGCUGCUCACAAGUGUCUACCCUAUUCUUUCUCAUCUGUUCACUGGCAACUGAGUGGUCAGCUGAGUCUUUGAGAGUCUUCUGUAUGUAGAAAUGUAGGCUGAGAAGGACAAGGGAAUGAAUGCUGGUCUGGGGAACUGGUUUGUCAAGUUCCCGCUGUAGUGCCUUAUUUGCAGUGUAGUUUGCCUUUUUGUUAACCUGCAUAGAAGCCUUGCUUGGGGAAAGAUGAUAAAAUUAUAUAUUCUAAUAGUUGCUCUUGACUUUUGUUGUUUUGAAAAUUGUCCAUCAAAUGCAACUUUUGUUUCUUAUACAUUACUACUAGUCUUUUUAAUUAAUAAAAAAUAAAUGU